AUGCCUGGGUUACAAAUUGAUUUGAAUGAUGUGCCAUAUGAACCUGGCGACUGGUAUCCUGUAGAUUGGGAUGACAUUGUUGAGUAUGCUGGGCCAGCAAACCAACUUGAUUAUGAUAUGGUUUGGGACGAUGGCAGCCAAGCAUUUGGCGAGGAAGAAGAUGAAGUUGAUGCAGCGGGAAUGCAAGGAGAUGGAGUCGGUGGUCUGCAAAGAGAUAGCCAGCAAGAAGAUGUAGUUGUUGCUGCAACUGAUGGUCUGCAAGGAGAUGUACAAGAUGACGUUGCAGCAGGAGUGCAAGGAGAUGGCGAGCAAGGAGAGCAAGUUGAUACUGCAACUGUAGGCGAGCAAGGACAGCAAGAUUCUAGCAACAAGAAAAGAAAGUACUAUCCUGAUGACCUAAAGAUCAACAUUUACUUAGAAUUGUUGGCAAGAACGGAUCCUCCUAUUCUUCGUCGUGGAGUUACAAAGGCAGUUUCUGAGAAGUUUGGUGUCCCACUACGAGUUGUGCAGCAAAUUUGGCAAAACGGACAGAGUGGUGGAAUAAAAAAAAUUGUGAACCAGUACUCUAGUAACUGUGGUCGAAAAAGAGUACAAGUAGAUUUAGAGGCAAUAAAAGACAUCCCACUAAGAAAGCGCACUACCUUGCGUGAACUUGCUGCUGCCUUAGGUGUUAAGAAGAGCACGCUUCACAAUCGUUUUAAAGAAGGAUAUUUUCGUCGACACACUAACGAUCUCAAGUUUAGUUUGACUGAUGAAAACAAAAAAGCACGCGUCAAGUAUUGUUUGUCAAUGAUGAAUGGCUUAUCCUUCAAAGAGUUGUACAAUGUUGUUUACAUCGAUGAAAAGUGGUUCUAUAGGACUCGUAAGAACCAGAAAUAUUACCUCGCCAACGAUGAAGCAAGGCCAGAACGUUCAGUUAAAAGCAAGAAUUUCAUUGCGAAAGUCAUGUUCCUAGCUGUGGUUACUCGGCCACGAUUUGAUGAGAAUGGUCAUUGCACAUUUGAUGGAAAAUUAGGGGUUUUUCCCUUUGUCAAAAUAGAACCUGCAAAGAGAUGGAGUCCAAACAGGGAUAGAGGUGCACCAGUAACAAAAGCCAUGACAUCAGUGACCAAGGAAGUUAGCCGAGAGUUUAUGCUGAACAAGGUUCUACCUGCUAUAAAAGCCAAGUGGCCGGCCGAGGAAAGAGGAUUGCCCAUCUUCAUCCAACAAGACAAUGCCAAGACCCAUAUCGCCGUCGACGACCCUGCAUUUGUGCAAGCUGCCCAAGCUGAUGGUUGGGACAUAAGGCUAACUUGCCAACCUCCCAAUUCACCUGAUCUUAACGUAUUGGACCUUGGUUUUUUUGCUGCAAUCCAAGCAUUGUUUGAGAAAGGAACACCUAACAACAUUAACGACAUUGUGAAAAAGGUUGAUGAGGCAUAUAAGAACUACCCAGUGGAUAGGUCCAAUAGAAUUUUUCUAACCCAGCAGGGUUGCAUGAUGGAGAUCAUGAAGCAUAACGGUGGCCAGCACUACAACAUUCCACACAUGAAGAAGAGGACCCUUGAGCUGCAAGGACGUCUCCCCAUCACUUUGAAGUGCCCUUUGCAGCUUCAUAGUCAAGCUAUGGAAUUUGUUGCAGCUUAG